ACAAGGUGGAGCUCUGGAUUGUCAUGACAAGCAUGGUGUCUUGGGCUCUAAUGCACACUGUACUGGUAGCCAAUGCUGCUGCCAUGAUGACCAACAUAGAUGCCUCUGCAAAGGCCUACAAGGACAAGGUGUUCACAGAGGAAAUAGUGUAAAACGAGGCAUGGACAGAAUAAUGAUUUCAGUGGAUUUAUCAAGGGUUGUUGUCAUGUCCUAUCAUAUGCUGUAUUUCACAGGUGAAUCAUCUGAAAGACUACAUGUCCUACAGAAAGCUUCCCAAGGCACUCGGCUUCACAUCACUGACUACUACAAGGCCCGCUAUGGAGGGAAAUGGUUUGACGAGAAGGACACGCAAUUUGGUGUCCAAGUCUUUGAAAGAGGUAAAGGUGUACAGUAUGUUUAUAUAUAAGUAUCAAAUCAUUUCUGCAUAACAAUUAAGUACCUUAAUGUAAUAGUUUUUCUUUAAAAUGGACAAAAAUUGCUUUUUGGCAAGAAACUAUUUCUCAAACAAUAAUUUUGCUAGGACUGACUGGGAGUGUUCUCAGUGGGGAGGGAAAAACUGAAAACUAGCUGUUAUUGCCAGAGAGGUUUGGAACUGUCUUUGUUAUUGGUCUAUUAACCAAUUUACCGCCUGGUGCCGAAACUUGCUGAUUAGAAGAUCCUGUGUAGAUUGUAUUUUCAACCUGCAAAUAUCAGGGAAUAACACUGAUCACAUUUUUUCACACUUUUACAGUGUUUGUUUCAUCAGCUGUUGUACAAUAUGAUACAAAACACAGGACAACAGAAUUUUGACUGCACUGGUCCUUUAAAUAUUAAUGGAAAGGCAUUGUGACGUUGUAAAGCUAACUGGCUUUACUUGUUGUUUUGUGUUAUCCAGGAGAUCCUGACAGUGAUUUGUGCAGCCUUGAUGAACAACACGCCCAUGUUCCAGAACCGAGACGUCAACUUCCUGAACGCCGUCCUCACCCAGUUGCAGUUUGAGGUCUUCCAGGAGGCUGACAUCAUCACGUCUGGGGACCGCAUGUUCUUCAUCGAGCACGGCCAGUUCCUGGUGAAGACAGACUUCUUCCAGAAGGAGCUUAUUGACGGAGACUACUUUGGAGGUGGGUUGGGAAAAAGAUCCCUGGACAUGUGUGUUUGUCUCUAGAGUUCCAUUUUCUUCAUAGAGGAAGACCAUGAUUAGCUGAACCCGGGCUGGAACAAAAGCCUGCACACUGUAGAUCUCCAGGACUAAAGUUGGUACAGCUGCUUUGAAAUGUGAGUCAGACUGGUCUGACUGCAGGGACUCACUGCUUUAUAUCUUUCUGUCCAACAGAGAUCUGCCUCCUGACCAAAGGAAGCGUUUGGCCACGGUGCGAGCUCUGACCAUCUGCCAGCUCUUAUCCCUGCACGCAGACAGCUUC